CUUUAUUCAAAAAAAAAACAAUAUUUUAAGAGAGAAAAAAAAUAAAAAGGAGAUAAGAGGGGAAGAACAGUAGUAAUCAUAGUUUCUCUGGCAGGCUUUGUUGUUUGCGGCUUAACAAAAUUUAUAAACAACAAAAAAAAAAAAGGCUCUCGUUAUCAUUACUUCACGUAGAUCUUUCCCAAAAGCACCAAUCUUUUUUCUUUUCAAAGUUAGAGAGAGAGAGUGUGUGUGUAUGUGUGAGUGUGGUUUGAUUGAGAAAAGACGACGAGAACGCCGGAAAGGUUUCCACGAGGUGAUGUUGGAUCUGAAGAGAUAAAGUCACGGAAUUAGCAUUGUAGCAUCAAAAUGGAGAGGAUUCGUGUCGUGUUUAUCUUACUUUCACUCAUCUUGCUGCCGAUUCAUACAUUCUGGUUUGCCUCUGCUAAUCUGGAAGGGGAUGCGUUGCAUACUUUGAGGGUCACUCUCGUUGAUCCGAACAAUGUCUUGCAGAGCUGGGAUCCUACUCUUGUGAAUCCUUGCACAUGGUUUCAUGUCACUUGUAAUAACGAGAACAGCGUCAUAAGAGUCGAUUUGGGUAAUGCAGAGCUGUCUGGCCAUUUAGUUCCGGAUCUUGGUGUUCUCAAGAAUUUGCAGUAUUUGGAGCUUUACAGUAACAACAUAACUGGCCCUAUUCCUAGUAAUCUUGGAAACCUGACAAACUUAGUGAGCUUGGAUCUUUACUUAAACAGCUUCACUGGUCCCAUCCCUGAAUCACUGGGGAAGCUUUCAAAGCUUAGGUUUCUGCGUCUAAACAACAACACUCUCACUGGGUCUAUUCCCAUGUCUCUGACCAAUAUCACUACCCUUCAAGUGCUAGAUCUAUCAAACAACCAACUCUCUGGUUCGGUUCCUGACAAUGGCUCCUUCUCACUCUUUACACCCAUCAGUUUUGCUAAUAACUUAGACCUUUGUGGACCUGUUACAAGUCACCCAUGUCCUGGAUCUCCUCCGUUUUCUCCUCCUCCACCUUUUAUUCCACCUCCACCAGUUUCCACCCCUAGUGGGUACGGUAUAACUGGAGCAAUAGCUGGUGGAGUGGCCGCAGGUGCUGCUUUGUUGUUUGCUGCUCCUGCAAUAGCAUUUGCUUGGUGGCGUCGAAGAAAGCCUCAAGAUAUUUUCUUCGACGUGCCUGCUGAAGAGGAUCCAGAGGUUCAUCUGGGACAGCUAAAGAGAUUUUCUUUGCGUGAGCUACAAGUGGCGAGCGACGGGUUUAGCAACAAGAACAUACUAGGAAGAGGCGGGUUUGGGAAAGUCUACAAGGGCCGUUUAGCAGACGGAACUCUUGUUGCUGUCAAGAGACUAAAAGAAGAGCGAACUCCAGGAGGAGAGCUUCAGUUUCAAACAGAAGUUGAGAUGAUAAGUAUGGCAGUUCACCGAAACCUCUUGAGACUACGAGGUUUCUGUAUGACACCAACUGAGAGAUUGCUUGUGUAUCCUUACAUGGCCAACGGAAGCGUUGCUUCAUGUCUCAGAGAGAGGCCACCGUCACAGCCUCCACUAGAUUGGCCAACGCGUAAAAGGAUAGCUCUAGGCUCAGCUCGAGGUUUAUGUUACUUACACGAUCACUGUGACCCUAAGAUCAUUCACCGUGAUGUGAAAGCAGCGAACAUUCUGUUAGAUGAGGACUUUGAAGCUGUUGUUGGUGAUUUUGGUCUAGCGAAGCUAAUGGACUAUAAAGACACUCACGUGACUACAGCUGUUCGUGGCACGAUAGGUCACAUCGCUCCAGAGUAUCUCUCUACGGGGAAAUCUUCGGAGAAAACAGAUGUUUUUGGUUAUGGUAUCAUGCUUUUGGAGCUUAUUACAGGACAAAGAGCUUUUGAUCUUGCGAGGCUGGCUAACGAUGACGACGUCAUGUUGCUUGAUUGGGUGAAAGGGUUGUUGAAGGAGAAGAAGCUAGAGAUGUUGGUGGAUCCUGAUCUUCAGACAAACUAUGAGGAGAGAGAGCUGGAACAGGUGAUACAAGUGGCGUUGCUUUGCACGCAAGGAUCUCCUAUGGAAAGACCAAAGAUGUCUGACGUUGUGAGGAUGCUGGAAGGAGAUGGGCUUGCGGAGAGAUGGGACGAGUGGCAGAAAGGGGAGAUAUUGAGGGAAGAGAUUGAUUUGAGUCCUAAUCCUCACUCUGAUUGGAUCGUUGAUUCUACUUAUAAUUUGCAUGCCGUUGAGUUAUCUGGUCCUAGGUAACUCAAAAACAUAUUUUAUAAGAGAAAAAAUAAUUAUUUUUAUAAAAUUAAUUAGGUAAGUUUUCUUUUUAUUUUCGUGAAAUGAAACUAACAUUCGAAGAUAAUGUGAUUUUGUUGUGUAAGAUUUGUGUCGGAUUGUGUAUAAAAAUGAACAGCAAUUUGCAUACUUCCA